AAACAAAAUAAAAAGGAAUAAAAAGUCAUAAUUUUUAAAACCAACAACUCCCCACUCCUUCCCAAAAAAAAUAUAUAUUUCACCACAAGAAAUAUGAUGAUGUAAAAAAAUAAAAAUUAUAACAACAACAACAAUAACAUCAUCAAAAAAUAUAUUGUCGUUGCUUUAUAAGGAUUAUUCUGCCAACAAAAUAAAUAUAAAAAAGGAUUAUCUCAUGCUUAUAUAAGAAGGACAUACUUCUAGUAUACAGCUGAACUCAUGUUAAAUUUAAGACAUGUUACGUGGCAAAUGCAAAAUUCAAUCAUGGUUACUAAGAAAAGAAAAAGCAGAUCAUCAACAACAACACCAACAGCCUCAUCAUUAUCGCCAUCAAUAUGCACAAUUGCGGCAAGGAAAGCAAGUCCAACGUUUACAAAUGUCACGCUGUGGACGAUAGUUUUAAUGUUAAUACUCUUCAUUGAUAAUGCCUCUGUGGCUAAAAAAUUAAAUGCCAGCCAAGCCUUUGAUAAUACCUGGAGUACAGCCACCGAUUUGGAAAACGAACUAGAAUGUAUUUCAUCACAGCAAAAGCGUUCAGCUAAAAGUGUACCCUCAUCCAGCAGUAGCAGCAGUAGUAGUAGUAGUUCUAGCAAUAGCAAUUCUGGUUCGGGCGGUUGGACCUCCUGGUCAGAAUGGUCAACGUGUUCGCGCACCUGUGAUGGUGGUGUUAUGCAACAAAUACGUCGCUGUCAAAAUGCCAAUGGCUGUAAAGGUGACAGUGUACGCUAUCGUAUUUGUAAUAUGCAACCAUGUCCGGAAAAAUUGGAUUUUCGAGCCCAACAAUGUUCUGCCAACAACGAUGUGCCAUAUGAUGGAACUUUGUAUAAAUGGACACCGCACUAUGAUUACGUAGAGCCCUGUGCACUAACUUGCAGAGGUCGUCCUGCCCAUUUAACCGAUGAUAUUUCGCCUGAAACCACCGGAGACGAUUCUGAGCACUAUGAUGAAUUAAGCGUAGUUGUACAAUUAAGUCCCAGAGUUUUAGAUGGUACUCGCUGUCGUUCCGGUAGUUUGGACAUGUGUAUACAAGGAAAAUGUCAACGCGUUGGUUGCGAUUUAAAAAUUGGUUCAACAAAAAAGGUCGACAGUUGUGGUGUUUGCGGUGGCGAUGGCAGCUCCUGUUCACAAACACAUUAUCAAUGGGAGAUAGCACCAAUGUCGCUGUGUUCGGUAUCAUGUGGUGGUGGUUACAAGAUGUCUCGUGUUGCAUGUCGUAGUCGUGUCACUGGUGCAGAAGUAGAUGAUGCUCUCUGUAAUGUAGCUAAUCGUCCGGAGCCAUCCGUAGAGUUGUGUAAUACUCAUACCUGUCCUCCUAGAUGGAUAGCUGAUGACUGGAGUCCAUGCAGUCGUCUGUGUGGUCCUGGGGUACGUGAGCGUAUGGUGGUGUGUGCCGAGGAAAAUAACGGCAUUAAAACCAGAGUUGCGGACAUAAUGUGCCCUUUACCAAAACCGCCAACACAAGAACAGUGUAUUAUGGAAGAGUGCCCAAAGUGGGAAGCUGAAGAGUGGACGGGUUGUUCCGUAUCCUGUGGCCAAGGCAUACAGAUGCGUGGCGUUGAAUGUAAAUCACCCGAUGGCAGACUGAGCGCCAAAUGUGAUCCUCUAACAAAACCCUCCAGUGUACAACAAUGUACCACAGGCAUUUCAUGUGAUGGUGGCUCCAUGAGUGGCGGCACCAUUAUUGUGGGUAGCAGUGGCCCACGGAAUCCCAUGGAGGAUGAUGAUGACAUGGACGAUGAUGAAGAGGAUGAUGAUGAAGAUUCUGAUGAUAUGGAUGAUGAGAAUAUAUCAUCAGAUGAUGCUUCCUAUAAUGAUCAACCUUCCAUGUAUUCCCAUCACACUGUUAGUCGUUUACAUCAAGAAGAAUCAGAUGGUCCCAGGACAAUGCGUUUAACUUCGGGUGGUUAUUCGAGAGAUCAUGAGCCUUCAGAACCAAGUUAUAUUAAAGAUCUUGAUUGGUCACCCUGCAGUGUGACUUGUGGUGAGGGCAUUCGUAGACGUACUCACAAAUGUAAAAUAUUUCUUGAAUACUCACGCACUUUGGCCACUGUUAAUGAUACCUUAUGCGAAGGCAUUAAGCCACACGAUGAGGUAGAACGUUGCGUGGAGGAACCCUGCAUGCUGCCAUCUCAUGGUUAUGAAGACCAAUACCCACGUGAUUCUAUUAAAGUGGGUGUCUCGGAACCAGGCAAAACAUAUGUAUGGCGUGAACAAGGCUACACCUCCUGCAGUGCCAGUUGUUUGGGUGGUGUGGAGGAGCUCAUCAUUAAUUGUGUGCGUGAGGAUAAUGGUCGUGUAGUUUCACCAUUUUUGUGUGCACCCGAAACAAAACCGGAAGCUCGUGUGCGUACCUGUAAUGAUAGACCAUGUCCUCCUCGUUGGAAUUAUUCUGAUUAUACCCCCUGUUCGAAGUCUUGUGGUAUUGGUAUUAAAACCAGAGAAGUGCAAUGUAUUCAUGAGGUAACCAGGGGUGGAGAGAACACCAUGGUGGUGCCUAAUAGCAUGUGUCCCCAGCCACCACCAGCAGAUCGUCAGUAUUGUAAUGUUUUGGAUUGUCCAGUACGCUGGGAAGUAGGCGAAUGGUCUAAAUGUUCACAUACCUGCGGUUAUGGCUUCAAAGAACGUAAGGUAGAAUGCAAGCAAAUAAUGGCUCAGGAGCACAAAAUCGAAAGACCAGAAUCCAUGUGUCCCAGUGCCAAACCACCAGAUAAGAAACCCUGCAAUGUUAAGCCCUGUCCACCCGAAGAUCCCAAGCCUGUCAUACAAAUUAGCAAUACAACUCAUAUACAACAUGAUCCUAAAAAAUCUAAAAUCACUUUAAAAGUUGGUGGUGCUGGGGUGGUGUUCUUUGGUACUCAAGUGAAGAUUAAGUGUCCUGUCAAACGUUAUAAUCGUACUAAGAUAAAGUGGAGUAAAGAUCAUAAACCUUUGGCUAAGUCUAGGAAAUUUAAGGUAUCCAAAAAGGGAGCUUUACGUAUUCUAGAUAUAACUUUCCGUGAUGCGGGUAUUUAUUCAUGUCAUGCUGGCCUGAGUAGUGCCGAAAUAACGAUAGAUGUCAAAGCUAAACCAGGUCAAAAGCAGGAGGAAUUGGAAAGGCAUGAAUCUGAUCGUUUAGUAAGAGAAAGAAGUGGCACGGAACCGCUAACGGCAGCAGAUAUGACAGCAACGGAUAACAGCACACAAACCACACGUCGUAAACAACAACAAAAUGCCAGAGAACGUAGCCGUCGUCCAAAGUCAGAUGUUGUGCAACAGCAUGCGGAUAGCAGUAUAAUGGGCGAUGAGCAUUCACAUUUAGUGCAGCAGGCCCAGGAUGGUUUGCCACAGCCUAGUGCUAGUAGUGGUAGCAGCCGCACCAAUACAUUGUUGGCCAUGCCAUAUUUUCAGGCUUUACUCAGUAACCUACAGUAUUUAUGGCCAUCAUUCCAGAAAUUUAGCAAUUCUCGUGGUCAUCAUAUGUUGGCGGAUAAUAGAUUUCAAUAUGGCAUUGAUUUUAAUCGUCCUCAACAAGAGUUGUUGCAACAGCAACAUCAACAACAUCACCCUAACUAUUUGGCAGAGUUGGAACAGGAGACAUUACGCAAAUCACAACCACAAAUUAUAACCAAAGACUUGACAUUAUCCUCGACAAAAUACAACAACAACAACAACAAUGAUGAUGUUGAUGACGAUGAUAUUGAUGCUGCUGAAGAAGAUAUAGAAUUGGGAAAUACAGAUGAUGAUAUGGUUGCACAAAUGGAUGUAGUUAUAAAUGCAGAUGGUGUUGAUAGCAGUGAAGGAGCCGAAGGACAAUCAACAUUACAUUUACCUCAUGCUAGAUGGCCAAAUCAUUGGACGGAUAUGAAUUCACAAUUAUCCGAAACAACACCCUCAAUCACGUACAAAUGGCUAACGAGUCCUUGGUCCGAAUGUUCACAGAAAUGUGGAGCUGCUGGUUCAGGCUUAAGGAGACGUACUAUUACGUGUGUUAGAAUCAAUUUUAAAAAUAAUCAACUACUAACACAAGGAAUGGAAGCCACCAAUGUACAGCAACUACAAGAAUCUCAACUACGGGAGGUUGAUGAAGACAAUCAAGAGGUUGUGGAUAAUGCUUUGUGUGAGGACUAUGGUUUAGAUAUACCCGAUACUUUUGAAACGUGCGGCAAUGAAGAGUGUCCACGUUGGCUUAAGGGCGAGUGGACGCUGUGUCAUCAAUCACGUUGUUUUGGCCGCAAUACAGCCAUACAAAAACGUGAGGUGUCUUGUCGUUUUGCCAAUGAUUCGUUGGCCACAACAUGUCCGGAAUAUGAAAAACCCAUAAGUCGCCAGGAAUGCUAUAAUGAACGCUGUCGUGGUGUUUGGAGAGUAGAACCUUGGUCAGAGUGCAAUGCACCUUGCGGUCGCCAGGGUAUUAAGUAUCGUGUACUGCAAUGCGUUUGGUAUGGCACCAGAAGACCAGCAGGAAAUGCCUGCAAACAUCAAACCAGGCCGGCCGUUAUGAAAGUUUGCAAAAGUCCACCUUGUUAUGCAAAAGCUUUACAACAUUGUAAAGAUACUUCACGUUAUUGCCGCAAUGUACGUUCCAUGGGCUUAUGUCGUUUACAUCGUUAUCAAGAGAAAUGUUGCAAAUCCUGCAAAUAUAAUAACAUUCCAAAUUAGCACACAUUUAAUAAUCAUCACAAUCAUCAUUAUCAUCAUACUCAGCCACAUUAUUAUCAUCAACAACAAGAACAAAUAGAACAUCAACUACAGACACCAGCAGUAGUAACAUCAUUAUACACCUUUGGUGAAACCAUAUUUGCACCAAAAAAUUUUACAUAACCAAACAAAAUCCAAUGACAAAGACGACACUUUUUUUGUAACCAGCAGCCGGAUAAAUGGAGUGUCAAGAUUUUAGUAUAAUGUAACUAAAUGAAGCCGCAUUAGAAAAGUGUAAGAGAAAAAAAAUUAUGGAAAACGAAGCAAUUAUAGUUAAAUGAAAAAGAGUUUAUAAAUUAAAUUAUAAUUUUUGAUAUUACUAUUUUUAAAAUACAACAAAAAAAAAAUAUAUAUAGCAAACGAUAAACUAAUCUUUAAAUAAUUAAAAUAUGUAUUUGCGGAAGAGCAAAUAUAAAAUAGUUUAAAAAAAUAUGAAAAUCCUAUAAUUAAAAUCUUUAAAAUUUAAGGCUUAAAAGAAACAAAUAAGACCCUUUAGUUUAACAAAAAAAAAUGAUUUUAAAAAUCGGCACAUUUUAGUAAAUAACUAAUACCUUAUCUUAAUUAUUAUAUUUAAUGUCUUAAUACAGCUCUAAUAAACUAAACAGAUUGAAAGUUGCAAGCUAUAUUUUGCGCUCCUUAAGGGCACGAAUCAGUUUCCUCUAAUGAUUGUCAAUACACUGACAGUUGUACCAAACGAAAGUCAUUCUCCGCCUGGAAUCAAAUAUUCCGCUGUAUUUUAUUGAAUAUUUCGAAAUUCUUUAAAGAUUGACCUUUGACCUUAAGAGCGAAUUGUUAAAAAAUGUGCGAUUUUCUUAGGUUUCGUUAUAAAAAAAUCCUAAAUAUUUAGAAAUUAAACUUAUCAUUGUUAUUCCCAAAGCAAUUAGAUCUUCGUUUCAAAUCGGCCGGAGUCAUAUGGAUUCCAAUAUUGUAGACACAUCGAUAGUUGUUUUUAACGAAAUUUUAUCUCCAUAAACGAAAUCUUUUUCUGUAUUUUAUGAAAGUUUUUAAAAAGUUAUAAGUUUGACCUUUGACCUAAGGAGCGAAAAAUUUAAAGCGUUUCCAAUUAUGAAUACAGCGACAGUUGUAUUCAACGAUUUUUUUCAUCCAGGAAUAAUAUUUCUCUGGAUUUUAAUGAAAAAUUCCAAACAGUUAUAAUUUUGACCUUUGACCUACGGAGCAAAAAAACGUUGUGAAUACAGCGAAUGAAUGUUUUUCAUCCAAGAAUAAUAUUUCUCGGCAUUUUAAUGAAAAAUUCCAAACAGUUAUAAGUUUGACCUUUGGAGCGAAAAUGAGUUGUGAAUACAGCGAAUGAAUGUUCAAUGAAAGUUUUUCAUCCAGGAAUAAUAUUUCUCUUCAUUUUAAUAAAAAUUUCUAAACAGUAUAAGUUUGACCUUUGACCUCAGAAGCGAAAAAGCGUUGUGAAUACAGCGAAUGAAUGUUUUUCAUCCAGGAAUAAUAUUUCUCGUCUUUUUAAUAAAAAUUUCCAAACUGUAUAAGUUUGACCUUUAACCUCAGAAGCGAAAAAGUUUAAGGCGUUUUAAUUUGCUGGGUUUCAUCAAAAUUCUUUAAAAAUCCUUAAUAUUUAAAAAUUUGAAUUUGAAAUCGAACCGUGUCUUCCAAAGAUUGUGAGUACAGCGAACUGUUGUUAUUCAACGAAAGUUUAUUCUCAUUGAUACAGUUAUAAGUUUGACAUUUAAACUCAGGAGAGAAAUGCUUAAAGCUUUUCAAUUUGCUUAGGUUUCAUUAAAAUUCUUUUAAAAAUUCUAAAUGUUUAGAAAUUAGUCGUUUGAUUGUUAUUCCCACAUCAAUGGGAUCUUCGUUCCGAAUCGGUCCAAGUUAGACUCUGUAAGAAAAUUUUCCAAAAAAAAACUUUUUAGAUCUUUGCUUUGAAAAACCCCAAGUCAGAUAUCCUCAAAGAUAAUGAACACGGAAACUGCAGUAUAAACAGACCGAAAGUUUUCGAUGCACUUUCUAUAUACUUAAUAGUUUGACCUUUGACUUUAGAAAUGAAAAAAAAAAUAGUUUUUCUAUAACUUCAAUAUCUUUGAUGGGGAUACUAUCCUGCACUGGAAUAUUUCUCUAUCAAAAGCUCUCAAAUCAUUCAAAAUAUCUUGAAAUCCCUCCCAAAAUGGAUCUAUUUUUGAGCAAUAGAAAAGUUUUUAUGGAAACUUAUAAAACUUUGACUUUAAAAAUGAAAAAAAUAGUUUUUCUAUAAAUUAAAUUUCUUUGAUGGGGAUACUAUCCUGCAUUGGAAUAUUUCUGUAUCAAAAGCUCUCAAAUCAUUCGAAAUAUCUUGAAAUCCCUUCCAAAAUGGAUCUAUUUUUGGACAAUAGCAAAAUUCUUAUGGAAACUUAUAAAAUGCCAAGAAAGCUUUUGAAAUUGCUUAACUUUCUUGUAAAAUGCUUUCACUGCCUUUUAACUUUCUACUAAUUUUCAACAUUUUACCGCUUGACGUUUUCAUUCUGUUUUGUUUAUAGGCAUUAAUACAAAAUUAAAGUACUGGAUCUUUUUGUUAAUUGUAUUAUUUUUAUAAUUUUAUUCCAAAAAUAACAUAUAAAGUCAUCCACCAAGAUAAAAAAAAUAAACAAAAUGUAAACCAAACCAAAUGAAAUGAAAAAUGAAAACGAAUAAUGUUAAUGAAAUAAAAAUAUUGCAAACAUGAAAACAAACAAAUAAAUAAAAUAAACUUACAUGGCAUAAAUAAAUGAAUAAAAUAAUAAAUAUAUAAUAAUACUUAUGCAUAUAAAAAAAUAAAUAUAAAAUAAAAAAUAUUGUAGUUAUACAUACUAUUAUAUAAUAAUACUAUAUACAUACAUAUAUGCCCAUAAGCACUGUUAAACGAAAAAUGAUGUAAAUACAAUUGGUUUAUACUUAUGCAAAAUAAAUAUUAAUUAAAAUAAAAAAAAAACAAAAGAUUAAAGUAUAUAAACACCAGCAUACACAUAUACAUACAUAAAUUAAUUAAACGUAAAAAUACAAAAAAGUUGAGAACAU